AUGCUCUGCUCUUUACAGCUCUGCUUUGUUUGUGGCAAUGUGGGGGCCGCCAUCACCUGCGCAGAGCCAGGCUGCGACCGCAGCUUCCAUCUCCCCUGCGCUUCCAAGGGUGAAUGCGUCACCCAGUACUUUGGAGAGUUCAGGUCCCUCUGCAUGGAGCAUCACCUGAAGCAGGCAGUGAAGGCAGCGCCGGCGCAGGACACGACCUGCAUCAUCUGCAUGGACCCCGUGGGGGACAGCGUGUCCUACAGCACCAUGGUGUGCCCAGCCUGCCAAAACGCCUGGUUCCACCGGGCUUGCAUCCAGAGACUGGCCCUGUGUGCGGGCAUUACUUUGCAUUGUCCACACUGCAAAGAAGAGGACGAAUUUUUUGAUUAUAUGAACGCCAUGGGGAUCCGUAUCCCAUCCAGAGGACCAAUAUGGGACAACAAUUCAUACGUACAAGAGGGAGACAAGCACAAGCGCUGCGAUGCCAGGGAGUGCCGUUACCCCCACGGCAGGGACCGAGCAGGAGAGGGGCCCUGGCAGCUGCUCCUCUGCAGCUCCUGUGCUGCGCGAGGCACCCAUCGGCGCUGUUCCUACUUGAGCCUGAGCACAAAGGCCUGGGAGUGCAACGCCUGUGCUGGAGAGGGCACCUCCUCCAGCAGCAAUGUGGACAGCGCUGGCCCCAGCACUGCCACCCAACAGGGACACGGGCCUCUCCAAGGCCCUAUGACAUCGCAGACGAGCAGCGGCUCCAGCAUCACCAGCCAGGCACCAUCGGGGUCGGCUCACGGUUCCAAGGUGCCUGAGAGCAGAGGCCUGUCCAGCCAGCGCAGGAUAAAAUGGAAGAGAAUGUGCUCACGUUUACAUCGCGUUGACGAUGCAUGCAAUGAGCUCCAAGGAUGCUAUGCGAGCAGCCGUGCUGCAGCCCCAAAUACCGAGAGCAGCACCCCGACCUCUGCCAGCCAAGGGACAUCUCGGUCCUCGAGGCACUCCUGAGCAGUCGGCUGCAGUCGCCGCAGGAGCCGGUCCAGGCGGUGAAGGCCAGCCCAGGGGCGAAGCCGCUCCCGGGUUCCACGUCGGGCCCAGAACAUCAACCGCCGGCCCCACUGAUGUUGCAGGAGCAGCCGUGUACCAGCUCCAACUGCUGUGUAAAGUCACCACAA